CCGCCGGAUACAUUCCGCGUUGCGGUUCGUGCAGCAAGAAGAGAAGGUCCUUUAACUCGUCAGCUGAUUCCGCCACCGUUCUAAUCACAGCCACGGGAACGAGCUCUCUAUCAGCGAGAGUCGACGAUGGAUACAAGUUUGCACGUCUGCAACUUUCUUGGAAGUUUUGUGCCGAGCUGACAGAAUGAUUUGGACGCUCCUGAGAUUACCGUGCACCGUGGUCGCCGCCAUCAAGCAACUGGUAGCUCGGACGUUUUUCCUUGCGGUCGUGUUUUCCGUCAUAACAUGGUCGUCCAUACUUCUGUACGGGAUGUUCUAUUGGAGUUACAUCCCAAAGUCCUCUCACCUCUUUCCAGUGCAUCUGCACUUCGAGUCGAGAAGUUGUCCAGAAGGCUUUUGUGACUACCCGGUGGCCAAUGUGACUGUGGUCAGGCCCGGAUAUGGGGAGUACCUGGCAAGAGGACAGCGCUACAAAAUCUACCUCGAUCUAGAGAUGCCUGAAUCUGAUGCAAACCAGAGGAUAGGCAUGUUUACGGUCAAGAUAGACAUGAUUACCGAGACCGGGGAGGUCGUGAGGUCCUCGCUGAGAUCGGGUGUUCUUCGCUACAAGUCGGCCAUGGUGCGUCUCUUCUCGACACUCACCUACAUCCCAAUGCUGAUGUUCGGGUCGGCCGAGGAGAAGCAGAUCGUAUCAGUCCUGUUGUUCGACAGAUACGAGGAGGACUAUGAGAGGCCGGCCACUCAAGCAAGCAUUGUCAUCAGAAACAAGUUCAUAGAAGUGUACACCGCCACGCUCAAGAUUUAUGCCGACUUCACGGGUCUCAGGUACCUGCUAUACAACUGGCCGCUCUGCUCGGCCAUCAUCGGCAUCUCUACCAACUUCUUCUUCGUGGCGCUGGUGGCGCUGCUCUCCUGGCACCGGCUGGCGCCCGCAAAGCCGCGAAGGCGGAGGCGCCUUUCCAGGAGGCGGAGCGGUUCCAGCGCUCGGACGGAGGACGAGAACGUUUCUGUCUCGGGAGAGAGCCUGGAAGACGAGGAGCAGCCAGACUUGGUGAAGGAGACCAUUGAGGCCCAAGAAGCCGUUGUCAGGAGAAGGCGGCAGCGAGACAUUGCUUCGAUCAGAAACCUCGGGAUCCCCGCGUGACGCGACGUCUCCUCGUGCCCUUUUUCCCAGACCUCGAGGAGCUGAACGAGACGACGUCGUCUAGCGAAUUCCAGUGGGAGCCGACCGAGCCCAGCGCCGACACGAGCCAAUCCACGGCCAGCUCCUAGCAGACGACCGCGGAGCCCUAGCGCGCAACGGGCUCUAGCAUUCUCGUCGACUCGAGAAAUCGGCGAGCUUUGAUACCUUGCCGUCGAAUCUAAAAGCAUAGUUUGUUACCAAUGUCCACUUAGUGUGUCUGCAAAUAUAAGAAAAAAAGAAAAAAAAAAGCAGAUGACACAUUGUCUAUACCAGGGGUUGAGAGUUUUCGGGUAUUUAAAUAUUUCUCGAAUCCAGAAGGAGGUGCGUAAAAAUUGGGCUUGGAAACUUUUAUCGGAGAACUGGGGAUGAAAAUUGGAUUUAUUAGAAAGCCAACUGCAAAGUGCCAGCUGUCUCAAAUUUGCUAAUCGGAUAAAUGAGAGCCACGUAAGGCAGACCAACUCUCUGCCGUCAGUGUAUUUGUGCCACAAAUUUGGCUGCGGAAAAAUUUAGCGAUUUCGGUCUCCCCAAUUAUAUUGAUCCUGUUUUGGCACGCUACGAAUCCUUUGCCAAAUCACUCAAGCAUCGCGGAGAACGCCGGGAACGCGGGUACACUUACCCUCUUUAUCGGCAUAAAAGAUUUAAAAGUAAGGUGCCGACGAACGCACAUGCGAAGUGCCAUUCCUUCUAGGCUCCUAAUUUAAAACAGUUACUGCCGCAGGUGCCGGCACGUGCAGCGCGCGUGUAACUGUAGUCUGUUGCAAUACCAGCGGAGGAGAAGGCCCUCUUUAGCAUUCGCUCUCCUAAAGUAAAGAAAGAGGACGGCUUUCUGGGAUUAGCUUCUCCCACUACUCUUGACCUGCCGCACACCAUUCCUGCUCAUGGCCUUCUCCUCGGUGCUUGGGCAAUUCAGCAAAGGGUGUCUCGAACAUAACGGCGUCCUCCGCUUCGAUUCAAGCACAAAUCAGCUUCGCCCGACGAUCGUCAACCCCGUUCAUACUCCAAAUGAAGGAUUCUCGCUUACUAUGCCCGCGGUACUCCUUUGGAAAGCCGUUUAUAAUGAGGUCGUGAACCGUUAAUGCCAUCCAGCUAUUACGAUUCCAGUCGAAAACGGCUGCAUCACUUGCUGCGUCCUAGUCGUUAAACUAGAAUAUUAUAGUCGCUGACAGAAAUGAGAACGACGGGGCGUCUCUUUCGGAUCCUCCAGCACGCACUCUUGCCUUCCCGCCGUGCAUUGACUGCACGUGCACACUCGAAGAGCCGUCGAAGCUAGAAAGCGCGACAACCAAAAGACCGCCCGGCCGUUCUCAUCUUGUUGUAGACUACAGUCACAAGUACUGUGUGUGAACUCGUUGCAAUGUGCAGCCAUGUGCCAGAUUUCAUACGAAGACUGUUCAUACAUGUAUGCCAGGUUUCUAGUGUGUUAUGUUUUCCGUUGUAGAGUUUACGUAGCUGUUUGCAACGUUUCUAUGGGGAAGUGUAUAUUUACGGUGUGAGCACGAGUCAUAGUUUCGUGUUAUAGAAUAUUGCGUUUGGAGACGUUACUAUGUUAGGGAGUAUUCCCCUUGACAUAGUACUGUCGUAUGUUAGAUAUGAUUUCACGUUAUACAGCACUGUGUUUGACGACGUUAUAAAUACCAUUCCCAAACGUAUAGUACUCUCACACAUUGAAUAGCGUGAACGAAUGUAUGGGUCCAAUCUACUAUGUUUACAGCAGAGAUUGUUAUACACAUUUAGAUAUGUUAUGCAUGGGGAAAAUUUUAACAACACUAGCAAUUAUCGACAACCAGUGCAGUAUAGUGACGCGUGUUGAAUAUGGGUUUCUUAAAAAAAAAUAAUGCACCAAUUCGGUAACUUUACGAUCUAUCCGUGAAUCCAUUUACUACGAGUAGGUUCAUAUUUGCGGCGCAGAUUGUCAUUUGUCAAUGUAUGAUGCAAUGUUUAGGGAUAAUCUGAGCACCAUCCUCGAUAGUGCGAUGCUAGUACUCUAUAAUCGCACGUGUGCAUACGGGUAGGUACAAAAAAUGAAGGCAACUAUCAAGCAUAUUUACAAACUUUUUGCAACUCUGUAUUACUGACGGUGCACAAUAUUUUGGCACAGACCAUCGUUAUACACUGGCGAGUUUUGACCUCAUCAGCUAUGCGUUAGUCAGAGUUGAAGAUGAGUUUGUGCUAAUUAAUGAGACUUGUCAAUAAAGUAUUUUUUUUUUA